AUGGACCUCUCUGCUACGAAAAGAAAUCCAUUCGUAGGGUCCGAAGGAGCUGCUGGUAGUAUCCGCAUAAAUGCAGCUGUCGAGACACUGGCUCAACGUCAACUGCAAUCCCGUCCAUAUACACGAGCUUUCAUGGCGCUAAAUCCCUCUAUCGCCUCGGACCAACUCGUACUAGUAGAGAGACACGCUGCUGGAUCCACCAUUGUCACUGCCACGGCUGUGUCGUGGGCAGAUGUCCACCACGAGCAAAAGUGA